AUCUUGUUUUACUACCGAGUGGUCAUUCUUCUUCGUAGAUUCUGCAUUUUAACAAAUAUCUCAACAAAUACAGUCAAAAUGUCCUACAACGGUGGAGGAAGUGAAGAUAUUAGUGCUAAAGUUUUCGUUGCUGGUUUAUCAAGAUCAAUCACAGAAAGGGAUCUAAAAGAUUCAUUUGAAAAAUAUGGUCCAAUCAAAGAAGUUAGGGUAGUCAUGGACAGAGCAACCCAAGAGUCCAAAGGAUUUGGUUUUGUGACUUAUGAAGAGAUACGGGAUGCUGAGGAUGCUAUUGCCGGCAUGGAUAACAGGGACUUGGAUGGCAGAACAGUUCAUUGUGCUAAAGCUAAGCCAAAGAGAGAAGGAGGCGACAGGCGCGGGGGCGGAGGUGGCUAUGGGGGCGGUGGUUAUGGCGGCGGAAAUAGGAGCUAUGGCGGCGGAGAUAGAGGCUACGGUGGUGGUGAGGCGGCGGCGGCGGUGGCUAUGGUGGCCAACGUGAUUCAUACGGCAGCCGUGAUGACAAUCGCAGCAGCUAUAGGAGUCGAGACGACUAUUAAGUCAUUGCUUGGUGCCAUUCAAGCCAGCGUUGUGUCAGCAAUUUAA